GGGGGCACCCCCCCCCCCACGGCGGGCCCAUGGCGGGGGCAGGGGGGCGAGCUUAAGAGGAGCCUCGGUCCCCGGCGACGGCUGCGGGGGCAGAGAGGGAGGCCUGCCAGCCGGGAGCGCCGGGCACGGGCACGGGAAGGGCAGGGGAUCGGGAGAGCCCAGGCGGCGGCGGCGGCGGCCUCCAGGAGCGUCCGGACCCGCUGCAGCCCCUCUUCAGAGUCCUCUGACCCACCCCCUGUCCUGAUCCACCAGAGAAACAGGCACCUCUCCGGUCUGUAGUGGAUGACCCUUGUGAAACUUGCUGCGCAGUCACCAGGAAGGAGAGAUGGCCCGGCCCGUCCCACCAGCCUGCUGGGUGGUUCUAGCUGCGGUGGUGGUGGUGUGUGCCCAGAGACACAGUCAGCCCGACACCCACGUCCAGUACGAGCGGCUCGGCACCGACGUGACUCUGCAGUGCGGGACCAUGGCCUGGGACGCGGCAGUCUCCUGGACGAUCAACGGCACGGACAUCGAGUCGUCGCACCUCAACGGCUCGCGCCUGGUCCUGCGGGCCGUGGACCUGUCCCAGAGCGGACACUACUCUUGCUAUGAAGGUGCCUCCUGGCAUAACAAGUACCAGGUCCUGCUGCAUGUGGGAACACCACCCAAGGAACCCAUCCUGACCUGCCGCUCCAACACGUACCCCAAGGGAUUCUACUGUGGCUGGCAUUUGCCCAGCCCCACCUACAUCCCCAAUGUCUUCAACGUCACUGUCCUGCAUGGCCUCCAGCCGCUGAGCUGUGAAAAGGCUCCUACGCCCAAGAACCGAUGCCAGAUCCGCCUCAUGCACCUCUUCUCCACCAUCAAAUACAAAGUCACCGUGACUGUCACCAAUGCCCUGGGUCACAACGCCACCACCAUCACCUUCGAUGAAGUCACAAUAGUGAAACCAGAUCCUCCUGAGAAUGUGGUGGCCAAGCCAGUGCCCAGCAACCCUCGGCGGUUGGAGGUAACGUGGCAGAACCCCUCAACCUGGCCCGACCCAGACUCCUUCCCGCUGAAGUUCUUUCUGCGCUACCGGCCUCUCAUCCUGGACCAGUGGCAGCACGUGGAGCUGUCGGACAGGACGAGCCACACUAUCACGGACGCCUUCGCGGGGAAAGAAUACAUCAUCCAGGUGGCGUCCAAGGAGAACGACAUCGGCACAUGGAGCGACUGGAGCGUGGCGGCCCAUGCCACCCCCUGGACCGAGGAGCCUCAGCCCCGCUCCACCGAGGCUCAGGUCACAGAGACCACCACCACAACUACAACUUCUCUGGCUCCGCCUUCCCCCACCAAGAUCUGCGACCCCGAGGUUGGCAACAGUGCGGGAGCUGUGUCGUGGAUGGCCAGUGUGGUGCUGGCCGCAUCCAGCCUCCUGUUUAUUUAAGGACGAUUUGCAUUUGUCUUCACCGCUUCACUUUCUAGAGACAGAACUACGACCCCUCCCAACCCCCACCCCACCACCUCCCCUCCCCUUCGCGGGAUCCCCAGGGCACCGAGGCCUCAGCUACCAACUGCUCCCAUCGGAGGGGCUUCGGGAGGCGAAGGAGGGGACAGCACAGCAGCCCCCCAUCCCUCGCCUGUGGGCACAGAGGAAACCACACAGCAUCACCCGAUGCCAAAACCCUAACACGCUCUCGCCCAUGUCCGGGUAGGGGGUGCAGCACCAGCUCCUAGGACCCCUCCCCACUCCAUCCCUCCCCCCCACCCCACCAAACCUCCCACCUCUUCAUCCUCCGUCCCUAUGUCACCUCUCCAAACUCCCCCAGGCCUCCCACCUCCUUUGUCACUUCCCCGUCCCCCCACCUGCCUCCCACCUCCCCACCCAAGCCUACAUACCCCACCAGAGGCUCUGAAGGUCUGAUCCGGGUGUGCUGGGGGCUGGUCGCAGGCCUUGGGGGCCAGGGGCUGGGUAGGACCCAGAUGAUCCAGGGAGAGUUGGAGAGGGGCAAACUGGUACUCAGCCAUCCUCCCUUGCCCUCACCCCUCCACGUCCCAUUAGCGCCCAGGACAAGACACCGGAAAGGGUGGGCAGGAGUGUGGACAAUCACCCUGCCCUGAUCCCCACCUCUCCCCUCCUCCAAUUUCAUUCUCCUUCCCUAGCAUCCUGGCCUCCGGAGGAGGAGGUGCUACUUUGUUUGUUAGAUUUGUCUUAUUAGAAACCCAGAAUCCCAGAAUCGCAGAAUCCCAGAAAGCCCCUCCCCACCAACCACAUUUUGUAUGAUGCCCUGCCCUGGCUCCCCCACAGUAUUUAUAACACCCUACGUCCUAGUAGUAGAGAAAUGUUAACAUUGCUGUAUUUGAACUUUUUAUAGAUGUAUAUACAAACUGGAGAGAGAUUGUUCAUUAAACAUGGCCAUUUCA